GCAGGAGGCAGGGAUAGGGGUUAUUAAAACGCAAAACUCGAACUGCAGACGGUUAAAUGUGUUCCUUUGCCUUUCAAGAAAAACCGUCCGAUCGAUUUACAUCAAAAUAGACGUAAACUCAUCACCAGAGGAAGAACGAUCUUUACAUUGUUUUGGCACUGCGAACGGAGACAGAGUGAAACCCUAUGAUGAGCGGUUCCUGACUCUUGGGGAAUGUAGAAGGCUAAAUUACUGUGGAUUGAUAUAUUCAGAACUAUCUGGAGGCCAAUUAUGAGUUCUCUACCACCUAUUCGAGAAGACAGGAUCAUCUGUGAGCUCCCUCUGUACUUCACAAAGGAUGCUGCACUGCACACCAAAGACAGCUUUCACGUUACUGUUCAAGAAGCAUGUCAGAGUCAGAAAUCAGACCCAGUGGGAUUUAAUGUAGCCAAGGUCAUAGUUGUAGGUGAUGUUGGAGUGGGAAAAACAUGUUUAAUUAAUAGGUUUUGUAAGGACUCUUUUGACAAAGGCUACAAAGCCACUAUUGGAGUGGAUUUUGAAAUGGAGAGAUUUGAAGUCCUGGGAGUGCCCUUUAAUCUGCAGUUGUGGGACACUGCAGGUCAGGAGAGGUUUAAAUGCAUUGCUUCCACAUACUACAGAGGGGCUCAAGCCAUCAUAGUUGUGUUUGAUCUAAGCAACUACUAUUCUUUGGACAAUGCGAGACAGUGGCUUGAAGAUGCCAUGAUAGAUAAUGAUCCUUCCAGUGUACUGCUCUUCCUUGUGGGAACCAAGAAGGAUCAGAGUCAUCCUGACCUGUUGGCCCAGAUGGAGCACGAAGCCAUCAAGCUGUCAGAGGAGUUAAAAGCUGAGUACUGGGCUCUGUCUGCUCUGUCAGGAGAGAGCGUGAGACAGUUCUUUCUCCGGGUUGCAUCACUUACCUUUGAGGCCUCUGUGUUAGCUGAACUGGAAAGGAAGAAUACAAGACAAGCAGGAGACGUUGUCAGAAUCACGGAUUAUCACAAUGAUUUCAAAGCAUUAAGGAAGAAGCAAGCCAACUGCUGCAAUUGAGUUUUAGAGAAUCACUGUGGUGUGAAUGGAUGUCAGUGAUUAAGAACAGAGACAUAGAUCAGCUCAGAUACGCACCAAAGCAUGGACUACUGCUGUAAAGUGCUAUCACCAGCUUCACUGGACUGAAGAACAGCUGAUGUCAAAGCUGUAUGAGAGUUUGAUCUGGACAAUGAAAGGCUCUGACAAGAAAAUCACCUGACCCAUUUGACAGCUAUUGUGCUCAGGUGCACAAGGAUAAAAGAAUAUUAUUGUUUUGCUGAAAGACAUCUUAUAGUGUAUAUGAGCUUGCUAAUGCAUAUAUAAAAGCACACAUUGGAUAUAAAAAGCAUAACACAUCUAUCUUUGUGCAAAAGAGUUACCAUUUAUUACCAAGGACUUCAUUUAAUGUCAAGAAAUGUAGCUACAUUAGAGUAAUAAGUCCUAAAUGAAUAGACCAAUAUUUCAUCCUCAGAAUGUAGUUUUUAAAAAAGUAAAAAUCAUUUUUAAAAUUUUAAAAUUCAUUUCCAGUUAAUGAUUUAUUACUUUUUUCAAGAGACAUUUCUGAGGAGAUUCAAUAUAAGAUAAUUCACUUGCAUAAGGAAAAUAAGUGAAAAAAACCGGAGUUAACAAAACCAGAAUUUAAGAAAUGAUUAAAUGAGGCACAGAAAUUGGGACUCGACAACCGUGCCAGAUCUUGCAACAACCUGGUAGACCACCAAAACUGUCACCAUCAGUUACUUUAAGAUAAUCUUUGAGAAACAGGUGCUCCACUCUUGCUUCAUAUCUGCAAAAAUCCACAGGUGUUUCUGUCACUCCCUCCACUGUGAGAACUGAGAAAAGGAAAUAGACAAAAAAAGAAGAAAAUUUGCUUUAGAACGUUUAAACUGGAUAGUGAGAAGUGGAAUGUGGUUUUAUGGCCUGAUUAGUCUACAUUUGUAAUGGAUUAACUGGAUCAUGAGAAGCAGAAAAUUUAACCAACUUGUAAGACUGAACUUUGGAGGAGUGAAAAUAUCCCUGCAGAUUUCUAUGAAAAACUGAAAGCAAAAUCAUCUGAAAAGAAUGGAAGUUAUAAUAAGUAAUAAAGAGUCGAGGGUGGACACACUAAAUACUGGAAAAAAAUGGCUUUUUUUCUUGAUGCUGAAAAAUUAAUAGACUGUAAAAAAAAGUAUAGUCCCUGACUUUUUCCACAGUACUCUAUAUACAGGCUUCUUUGAACUAAUCCUUUAGUAAGUUACAUAUUGUGCAGUCCUACAGAAAACUGCAGAAUAAAAGCACAUCUCCCUUAGUAAACAUUUUGUAACUGGGUUGUUUAACUAGGUGGUGAAUUGAACUUUAUUUUAGUGAGUGUUAGGAACUGUCCCGGCACUUUUAUAUACUGUUAAAUAUGUUUACAAGUUCUGUGUUUCAAUGUACGCUCAUAUGUUUCCCACUUGUCAUUCAGUUCUAGUGUAGAUCUAUGACAGCUGUUUACAUCGGUGGAUGCUGUUCUGUUGUUCUGAUGCUUUUUCUGAAACUGUGCUCACAAAUAUGUUCAUAUAUAAGAAAUUGUUUUAUUAAUGUAACUGAUCUCAAUUAAAAUCUGCUGUUGACUAAA